CUGUUUUUUGAUUUCGAUUUUCGCAUGCGUUAUUCAUUUCAUGCUCUCAUCAGCCGCUCCCAGUUUCUGCUCUGCCGUCCCUACUGCGCCAUCUCCACUCGCCGCCUCCUCCAUUCUCCUUCGAUCACUAUGCAACCCGCCGCCGCCGACGAAGACUCGCUUCGCAAAGCUCUCGCAGAAAAACACUCCAGUGUCGAACUCCAAGGAAAGGCAGUCCGUCAAUUGAAGGCGUCAGGCGCUUCCAAGCCUGACAUCGAUGCCGCCGUUCAAGCCUUGAACGCAUUGAAGCUCGAGAAGGCGUCGAUCGAGAGCCAGCUCAAAUCUUCCCUCGCAGGUGCUGCCGGCAGGGAUGCAUACCGUCAGGCCGUCGCCAACACUCUCGAGCGCCGCUUGUUCUACAUCCCCUCUUUCAAGAUAUACGGCGGCGUGACCGGUCUUUAUGACUACGGUCCACCUGGCUGUUCUAUUAAGGCCAAUGUCCUCGCUUUUUGGCGUCAGCACUUUGUUUUGGAGGAGAACAUGCUUGAAAUUGACUGUCCAUGUGUGACACCUGAGGCUGUCUUAAGGGCAUCAGGUCAUGUUGAGAAAUUUACAGAUCUUAUGGUUAAGGAUGUGAAGACUGGAACAUGUUAUCGAGCUGAUCAUUUGCUCAAGGAUUAUUGCAACGAGAAGAUUGAGAAGGACUUGACUAUAUCUUCAGAAAAGGCUGCUGAAUUGAAACAUGUGCUUGCUGUCUUGGAUAAUCUAUCUGCUGAUCAACUUGGUGCAAAAAUCAAGGAAUAUGGUAUCACUGCACCCGAUACCAAGAACCCUCUUUCUGAUCCUUACCCAUUCAAUCUAAUGUUUCAGACUUCAAUUGGUCCUUCUGGCUUGAGCCCUGGCUUUAUGCGUCCUGAAACAGCACAAGGGAUAUUUGUGAAUUUCAAAGAUUUAUAUUAUUACAAUGGGAACAAGCUUCCUUUUGCAGCUGCUCAAAUUGGUCAGGCUUUUAGAAAUGAGAUAUCACCGCGCCAAGGUCUUCUCAGGGUCCGUGAGUUCACUCUAGCAGAAAUUGAGCAUUUUGUUGAUCCUCAGAACAAAUCCCACCCAAAGUUCUCUGAGGUUGCAAAUUUAGAGUUUCUAAUGCUUCCUAGAAAAGAACAAGUAUCUGGGCAAUCUGCAAAAAAAUUUCGGCUGGGUGAAGCAGUUUCUAGAGGAACUGUCAAUAAUGAAACACUUGGAUACUUUGUUGGGAGAGUCUUCCUUUUCUUAACACUACUUGGAAUAGAUAAAGAUCGUUUGAGAUUCAGGCAACACCUUGAAAAUGAGAUGGCCCACUAUGCUGAAGAUUGCUGGGAUGCUGAAAUUGAGUGUUCUUAUGGUUGGAUAGAGUGUGUUGGUAUAGCUGAUAGAUCUGCAUAUGAUUUGCGUGCUCAUUCUGAAAAAAGCGGUGCACCUCUUGUAGCUCAGGAAAAAUUUUCAGAGCCUAGAGAAGUGGAGAAACUUGUUAUAACUCCAGUAAAGAAGGAGCUUGGCUUAGCGUUCAAAGGGAACCAAAAGAUGGUUGCUGAAGCUUUGGAGGCUAUGAAUGAAGAGGUUGCUAUGAAGAUGAAGGCUGAUUUGGAAUCCAAAGGAGAGGUGGAGUUCCAGAUAUGCACUCUUGGGAGAAGUGUCACAAUUAAGAGAAAUAUGGUGUCUAUUUCAAAAGAAAAGAAGAAAGAACACCAGAGAGUGUUCACACCUUCUGUCAUUGAACCCUCUUUUGGAAUUGGGCGGAUCAUAUAUUGUCUUUAUGAGCACUCAUUCUAUACAAGGCCUAGUAAAGCUGGAGAUGAGCAGCUAAAUGUAUUCCGCUUCCCACCCCUUGUUGCACCCAUCAAGUGUACUGUUUUCCCACUGGUUCAGAAUGAACAGUAUGAAGAAGUUGCCAAGUUUAUCUCCAAAUCCCUCACUGCUUCUGGAAUCUCACAUAAGAUUGACAUCACAGGUACUUCAAUAGGGAAGAGGUAUGCGAGAACAGAUGAACUAGGUGUGCCAUUUGCUAUCACGGUUGAUUCAACAUCGUCAGUGACGGUGAGAGAGAGGGAUAGCAAAGAUCAGAUUCGUGUUAGUGCAGAGAAGGUGGCAUCAGUUGUGAAGGAGGUGAGCGAUGGACAGAAAACGUGGGCAGAUAUUCUGCAAAUUUAUCCCAUUCAUUCUUCAGGGUCCGCAGAGUGAGCGAGUUCGUUAUCUCACCAAUUGCGCCUGCAGCCGCACUUUGGAGGAUAACUGUUACAGGGGGGUAUAUGGUCUUUCAUCUGGAUUACUUUUUCCUCUUUUUAACGGAUAUUGUUGAUUAAGAAAUGUUUACACAAGUCUGGAAUGUUACAACUUCAUUAUCAAACCAUUUGAUAUAAUUAUCACAAAACAUAAAGUUUUGGUAUGAAAUUAUUUGUUCUUAAAGGUUUA